CGCCAUUGAGCCGCGGCAUGAGGUGGGACAUGGAAACUUUUGGGGGCGUCACAGCGAACAUUUCAGCGUGAGAGAUUACCAAUCCAUCGAGAGGGUAUAACACUUCUACGGUUCGACUUGUUUCAGAUUGCCAUUCGCCAUUGCUCGAGUAUCUCGUUCCCAGUAUCACCUAACCCUGAACCUCUCAAACACCCAUCUACCGCAAUGUCCCACCACAACGUCUCCCAAGGCGUAGAAGAAGAACCUCACAAUGUCAACCGCGCGGCAAAGGGUAUCUCCUACUUCACUCCCGCGCAGCUCCCACCCGCAGGCACAGCGCUCGUCGUCGACGGCCAGAAGGAUGUCCCCAAGCUCUUCAAGCCGCUGAAACUGCGCGGCGUGACAUUCCAGAACCGCAUCAUGCUUUCGCCGCUGUGCCAGUACUCGGCUGAGGAUGGGCAUUACACUAUGUGGCAUCUAACACAUCUGGGAGGAAUCAUCCAGCGCGGCCCCGGUCUAGCGUGCGUGGAAGCAACAGGCGUCACACCCCAAGGCCGCAUCACACCCGAAGACGUCGGGUUAUGGAAGGACUCGCAAAUGGAGCCCCUCAAAAAGAUCGUCGAGUUCGCGCACAGCCAAGGCCAAAAGAUCAUGAUCCAGCUCGCGCAUGCCGGAAGGAAAGCAAGCACCGUUGCACCAUGGCUGAGCAGCGGAGAAGUCGCUGGCAAAGACCUGAACGGCUGGCCGGAUGAUGUGUGGGCACCCAGCGCCAUCCCGUGGAACGAACACCAUGCGCAUCCGAAGGAGAUGAGUUUGCAGGAUAUUCAGGACUUUAAGAAGGCGUUUAAUGAUUCUGUUAAGCGGGCGCUGGAGUGCGGGUUCGAUUGCAUUGAAAUCCACAAUGCGCAUGGGUAUUUGUUGCAUGAAUUUGUGUCGCCGGUCAGCAAUCAGAGGAAGGAUCAAUAUGGUGGUAGCUUUGAGAACCGCGUGCGGUUGACGCUGGAGGUGGUUCGCGAGACCCGUGCCACCAUUCCCAAGGAUAUGCCAUUGUUCCUACGAAUCUCCGCCACCGACUGGCUCGAGGAAGCGCCGAAAGAUCAGAUCCCAGAAUCGUGGACGAAUCAAGAUACCAUCAAGCUUGCGCAGCAGCUCGCAGAGGAAGGUGUGGACCUCCUUGACGUGUCGUCCGGCGGCAACCAUCCGCUACAGCACCCACAUGUCAAGCCGGCCUACCAGGCACCUUUCGCGAUUGAGAUUAAGAAGGCGGUUGGCGACAAGAUGGCUGUCGGUUCCGUUGGAUCCAUCGAGAGUGGCACAUUAGCGAAUGACUUGCUUGAGAAGGAUGGUUUGGACUGGAUUGUCGUGGGGAGAGGCUUCCAGAAGAACCCGGGUCUUGUGUUCUCAUGGGCAGAUGAGCUGCAACAGCAGGUGCAGAUGCCGAACCAGAUUCGCUGGGGGUACGUAUCGAAAGAAAUUGCCUGCUGUGUGAGAGAUUGCUAACGUCGGGAUAGGUUUGCGGGUCGUGGUAACAAAACCGGAAAGCCGAUCACGGAGCUCCCGGAGCUCAUGGGUCAAGUGAAGCUG